UCUUGGCAUGAAGCGGCCAUAUUUUGCCUGUUUUAUUUCAGUCCGAGUGUCUGACCCCAAGCUUCAACUCCAAACUGACUUCAACUUAUCAUUGCACCAGGUCUGAUAUUGCACUACCGUUGAGAGAUGGCGACCAAGCUGAAGUCAUACAGUGGAGGCAGCAAUGGCGCACCAGGGGAGUCGAACAUUCAGGUUAUGGUUCGAGUCAGACCAUUGAACCAGACCGAAAAGAGCAAAGGUUCUCACAGUAUAGUGGACGUCAAAAACAACAGGGAGGUGUGUGUGGCCACCAAGGAACCAGGAUUCGGUGGACACAACACAAAGAAGUUUUCUUUCGACCAGGCGUUCAACCCCAACAGUAAACAAGUGGAUGUUUACAAAGAAGUCGUCAUGCCCCUCCUGGAUGAAGUUCUUGAGGGUUAUAACUGCACAGUGUUUGCAUAUGGCCAGACUGGUUCAGGCAAGACUUACACAAUGGAGGGUGAAAGGUCACCUGACCCUGCCAUUGCUUGGGACAAGGACCCUCUGGCAGGAUUGAUUCCUCGCACUUUGCACCAGAUCUUUGAUAAGCUGAGCGGACAGGCUGUGGAUGAGUUUUUGGUGAAAGUCUCGUUCAUCGAGCUUUACAAUGAGGAGUUGUUUGACCUCCUUGGUCCGGGAGAAACUCCCCCUAAGCUCACUACUCUGUAUGAGGACAGAAAGGGGUCUGUUGUCAUCAAAGGACUUGAGGAGGUCCAAGUACACAACAAGGAUGAAGUGUACUCCAUCUUGGAGCACGGGUCUGCUAAACGUCAGACAGCAGCUACACUGAUGAACGCGCAUUCCAGCCGCUCACACAGUGUUUUCAUGAUCACUGUGCACAUCAAGGAAACCACCAUUGAUGGAGAAGAGUUGCUAAAGAUUGGCAAACUCAACUUGGUGGACCUGGCUGGGAGUGAGAACAUUGGCAGGUCUGGUGCCGUGAACCAGCGGGCGCGUGAGGCAGGUAACAUCAACCAGAGCCUGCUGACCCUGGGUCGUGUGAUCACGGCCCUGGUGGAACAUGCCCCCCGUCCCUACAGGGAGAGUAAGCUUACCCGGCUACUACAGGACUCCCUCGGAGGCAGGACCAAAACCUCCAUUAUCGCCACCAUCUCACCUGCUUCCUCCAACUUAGAGGAGACCCUCAGUACCCUGGACUACGCUCAUAGGGCGAAGAACAUAACAAACAGGCCAGAGGUCAACAGAAAACUCAGCAAGAAACACCUCAUGAAGGAGUUCACAGAAGAGAUUGAGCGCCUUCGACGAGACUUGGCUGCAUGUCGGGAAAAGAAUGGAAUCUUCGUGUCUCCAGAGAACUACACGAACAUGGAAACAACCAUCAAAUCUCAACAGGAGCAGAUUAAAGAAAAGGAGGAAAAAAUCGCCGUCCUGCAUCAGGAGAUGAGCAAGGUUGAAACUUUGUUCAAAGAAACGGAUGCAGAACUUGCCAAGAGGAGUUCUCAGCUGGAGGCAACCCAGAGAACACUCCAUAAGACUUCCAAGUCUCUCCAACGUACCAAGGAGAACCUUGCCACAACAAAACGGGACAGGGAUGAGAAGGACUACUUGGUCCAGCAGCACGUCACCACCGAAGGACAGCUGUACAACCAGGCGUCACUGUUGCUUGACACCGCAGACAGCAGUCUUGGUGAUGUUGAGAGUUUGCACAAGAAGCUGGACAGAAAGAAACAUGUUGAGACCCACAACAAGUCCUGCCAACACCAGUUCCAGCAGAGAUUCCAGGCCAGCCUCACGGAGAUGCAGCAUCACGUGGAGGAAAACGCCAACGCUCAGUUAAACACGUGCACCAGCCUCAUGUCAGAUCUAGGAAAGUGCCUGACCAAUCAGACGCACGACGUGAACAGCCAGUUGACCCAGAUGGUGGACACCCUGAGGCAGGGCCUGGAGGACAUGACGGCUACACAGCGGCAGGAGAACUGGAAGGACUGGGCAGCAGGCACUAAAGCUGCUGUCUCCAAGUACAAGGAACAGGAAGUAUCUGCCCUGCAGUCCCUGUUGAGUGGCUCUCUGCUGCCUGGCAUUCAGAAGUUACUGCAGACUAUCAACAAGAACCUUCACAGAACUCAGGCGAAUUUGGUUAGACACGUGGAAGCACAGAAGGUGGCCAUCAGGCGCUCUGCAGACGCUUUCCAGGCAGACAUGAGAGCUAUGGAGCAGAACAUCAAAGAACAGCUGACCCUUCUGGACAGCCAACUGGAGGGGUCCAUACAGAGUGUGGAGACCAUCAAGACUGAGCAGAGAAAUUUUGAAGUUCAGUUUCAGGAGAUGUUGGCUGCCCAGUUGGCUGCACAGCAGACAUUUCUGGCUUCCCAGCUGGCUUCCCAGCAGGCAUUGCUGGCUUCCCACCAAGCAAGCAUGAGCAGUAGAGCUGAGCUGAUGAAGACAGAUCUGACCUCUAUCAGACAGAUCCCAGACACACUGACCACAACAGUACACAGCUCAUUCAACCAGACAGCCGGGCAGCUUCACCAGCACAUGUCAGACAUUGCCAGUGGAGCCACAGACUUCCUGCAAGAACAAACAACAACUUUUGAGCAGGAUGUGCAGCUGGGAGCCAGGUGUGAGAAACAGAUGGUCACUGCCCAGGACCAGACAGCUGUGUUUGUCCAGUCUGUGGAAGAACAUGAAAAAGACCUCCUGACCAGAGUGGAGACACAAGUCAAGGUAGUGGAGGAAACACAGCAAAGUCAUGGACAAGCUGUUGAGGAACUGAUAGAUAGUCAGCAGUCCAGCAAGGAGGCUCUUUUGAACACAGUCAGUACUCAGCUGGCACAGGCCACAGCUCACGUGGAGAACAUGAAGGGUGUGGUCAUGAGCCACUCUGAUGACAUUGUGACAUUGUCCAAUCAGACGAGAGAGGAGCUGCAGCAACGCGGUACAGAAGUGACCGACUUUCUGUCCAAAGACAUCAAAGUGGACGUGCCUACAGGCACCACGCCACAAAGGAGAGCCUGGGCAUACCCCAGGGCCCUCUCGAAGACGGAUCCCCAUGAUGAGCUCCUGCAGAAGUUCCGCCUCGAGGAGACGGCAAAGCUGUUGGAGUUGGGAGAAAACCAACCCCUUCCUGAGGAUUCGGAGGACGAUGAAGAAAGCAAACAUGCAGCGACUUCUCAGGAUACGGCCACUUCCAACCAGUCUGACGACUUCGCAGAAACCACAGAGACUGUCGUGCCCGAUCAUGCAGUCACUCCGUUCUUUAAGAGAGGAAAAGAAAACAUGAAAGGACGAAAGACGGACAAGAGGAAUCCAAAAGGAACUCCUUCUCGGAUGGCCACUAAAUCUGGGACUCCUUCUCGGAUUCCUCUCCUUAUACUAUAAUAGCUAUAAUAUCACAGGUAACAAUUGACAGAUUUACACAAGGACAUAAUAAUUAUAGCUAUUAUAGUAUAAGCAGAGGAAUCCGAGAACUGUCCUCAAUCAUGCAAGCUAUUGCUGAUAUGCUAGACAAAG